AUGUGCGUUCAAGUUCAAGGAAAAGAGAUAUCACCCGAAGAAUACCACAGCGACGCCGGAUGGACGCGCGCGGAGGAACGCAUGUCGAGGCUGCGCCAGCGGAACCGCACCAGCGGCAAGCCCGACGAACCUGGCGGGAGUCAAACAAGCACGAGGUCGAAAUUCUACAACAACGUCAGAGCCUCGGCCGCCAAGGCAGCACGCAUGCCAGCCAUGCCACUGGAAAAAAGCAAGAUAGUCGUCAAACCCAGAGGGGGACUGGACAUUGUCAAGACCGGCACCACCACCGUCGCUGCGGCCAAGAUCACGAGCGAGGAAAGCGCCGGGGACGCCAUCUGCCCCAACACGCAACAGAAAAUCAUGGUCGUCAGUACACCCAACGAAGACAACGCGGCAAGGUACGCUAACAUCCAGGAAAUAUCUAUUCAAGGCAAACCCUACGAAGUAAGCGCAUAUCGCACGGCACCUCAUAACACCGUAAAGGGCAUCAUCAGAGGCAUCCCCAUCGACGCGAGCGCCGAUGCGCUAGAUAGAAACAUCGUCAACGAGAGGAACCCGCUAGCAGUGGGCGCAAAAAGAAUUGGAAGCACGACCACUGCUAUCGUGGUGUUCCAGGGACCCAAGAUACCGAACUUCGUCCGAUACGGAGUCACCCUGAUACCGUGCCGCCUCUACAAGAAACAGAUCGACGUUUGCCAGCAGUGCGGCCGAAUGGGACAGCGCAAGGACAUGUGCCCGACCCCCACAAUCAAGACGUGCCUGGCCUGCGGACUCGCGAACGUUACAGAAGACCAUUGCUGUACCCCAAAAUGUAUGUUAUGCGGGGACGAACACCAGACCGGAGACCGAACGUGCAAGGCGAAAUACAAGAUCCCCUACGUAGUGCACAGGCGACAAUGGGAGCGCCGACAGGCCAAACGCCAGCUGCUGUCGGAGAGCAAUUUCCCGCCACUCGACAAGCCGCCAGAUGCGCGAAAGUCAAGGACGCCAUCGGAAAACCGCGCACCCAACUCCAGAGACAGCAGCAGCUGCAAGAGAAGCCUCAGCAGCAAAAAGUCCCCAUCACGUGAGCGAGUAAGCUGGGUCGACGCAGUGAAAGGGAACAAUAUAAGGAACGCGCAGAAAAUCACCGAAGCCACGAAGAAAGAAGAUAUGAACAAGGUGCGGGAGGCAAAUGAGAUCGUAAGACAAGAAAACGCGGCAUUGCAAGCGACCAUCAACCACCUCACGAGAGAGAUCGCCGAGAUCCAUCAAUUGCUGCUAUGCUACAAUGAACCUCUACAGAGACCCGCGCCAAGCACAAGCAAGACCGAGGAAACGACAACGAACAUCCUGGAGAAAGCCAUAGAGGAACCGGCACCGAAGAAGCGAGCCAUCGUGGCCGCGCGCACGCAAACAGAAAACGAUCGCAUCGACAGCCUCUAAGCGAAAUUCAAAGCGACAUUCACCAAACUCGUACAGCUAAUCACGGCGAAC